UGUCCAAUGAUUUGUAAGAUUCCAACACUGGAUGUUGGAUCGGUUUGAACGCAAGCGCAGGCGUCGAGUUCGGCUGUGACGGCAGCGGCGGCGGAGCUGCGGGCCGGCGGAGGCGGGGCGUGAGCUCGGCGCGGAUGCCUCGUCCGGUCGCCGGUACCGUGAUACACCCAGGCUUCCGGCGGAAAGCUGUGGAAGCGAUGGGUUUGCUUUUGGAGAUACGAACGGCAGCUUUUGCAGAGGAAAUGCUGUUUCAUCAGGGAAAUGCAUAAACAUUUUGAAGAAGCAUGGCAAAAUCAAAAAACAAAAUACAGAGUUUGUUCUCAAGAGUCUUCAAUAUCUUCUCUCCUGGCAAGCUGCAGCCUAAGUAGUAGCAAUUCCUCUAACUCUGUUGGCUCUUUUCACUAUAAGGAUAAACUGUACAGUUCUGCUUCUCAGGCUCUACAGGCCUAUAUUGAUGAUUUUGAUCUAAGCCAGGUGUAUCCUAGUGCAAGCACUGGAAAAAUUAGCAUUGAUAAAGGUGCUGCUAAUAUUCCACACUUCUCCAGUUAUAUUUCUAAACCAAGCAAUGCUUUUGAUCACAAAGAGCACUCACACUUCGUGUCCUAUAAAAGAGAGCCUAUUAAUGACGUAGACUCUGUUAGCCUAACAACUGAUGAUCUGUUAAGACUUCCAGCAGAUGGAUCAUUUUCUUUCACUUGUGUUGGACCAGGUCACCGAACAAGAAAGAAAAACAAGAAAUCCAUUAGAAGAUCAGAUUCAUUGGACGUUGAAAAGAAUCCAGAUUUUCGAGAGACCUUCACCUCCAUGGGCACAAAUAAUUUAGUUACUCCAGUUGAAUACACAAAUAGAAAACGAUGUGGUAGGCUAAAAAACCCAAAACUUACAAAUAAGACUAAUAAAUGUGUUUUUGACUCAUCUUUAUCUUUUUCUAAAGAAUCUUUCAAGGACGGUUCAGAAGAUGGUCUUGAAAAGAAUUAUCCAAGAUGGCUCACUAGCCAGAAAUCUGAUCUUAAUGUUUCAGGGAUAACUAGUAUUCCUGAUUUUAAAUAUCCAGUCUGGCUCCACAAUCAAGACUUGUUACCUGAUACAAGAAGUAAAAAGGUUUCUAAAGAAAAGCAUUGUUCCCCCAGACAUAGUUAUCUGGCUCAAAGAACUCGACAUAUGAAUAAAGCAGAUUGUUUGGAAUGCCCUUUGGAACCCUCGAAUUUUUCAAAUUCCUUAUGUGAUGAUGAAAGACUUGUUAAUGACUACAAAUAUGACUCUGAACAUAGUCAGUGUAAAUGUCAAAAUCCACUUCUUCCAGGACAAUCCAAAAAUCCAUUCAGUGGUGACAAAAUUGAAUUGCUUAUCCUGAAGGCCAAGAGAAAUUUAGAACAGUGUCCUGAAGAAUUACCAAGAUCUGUGAAAAAGGAUGAUAGUCCAUGCUCAUUAGAUAAACUUGAAGCAGAAAGAUCAUGGGAAAAUAUUCCUGUUACUUUCAAAUCUCCUGUUCCUGUUAAUUCUGAUGAUAAUCCUCAACAGACUUCAAGGGUGAAGUGUACUAAAGAGGUUCUUGAAGACUUUUUGAAUGAUGAGAGCUCUACCCUUUCAGGAGGCAAACAUCAUGGUCCUGUUGAAGCCUUAAAACAAAUGUUAUUUAAUCUUCAAGCUCUACAAGAAAGUUUUAAUCAGAACAGAACUAUAGAACCAAAAGAAGAGAUUAAGCAAGUUUUAGAAGAUGAUUUCUCUAAAUUGGAAUUGAAGGCAAAUAUGAUUCCUAUUACUAGGUCCCUUCAAAAGGCCUUGCAUCAUUUAUCUUGCCUGAGAGAUCUGGUUGAUGAUACCAGUGGACAACAGUGACUGAAAAUGUGAAAAAUGUGAAGAGGAAAGUAAAACUGUCACCACAAUAACAACAGAACAAACACGUAUUGUUUUCUAUUACUUAAACUGAACAAAGUAAAUAUAAGCCAUAUAUUAUUCUAUGAUCAGUUCUUUUUUUCUGAAAAACUAAACUUGACAAUGACCAUCAGUUUUGUGAUCUAACCUCAUUUUGUGCUGAAAAAUGGAAUGUAUUCUGAAGUCUGUCUUAAAAUGUUUAAGGAUAAAUCAUUUCUGUUUUUAAUGUUUACUUGAUCUUAGCCUUCUGUAGUAUCAUUUUAUCAUUUGAUUCUAGAAUACUAAGUUUCCUAGUUUCUAUCUCUAAAAAAAAAAAAAAAAAAAAGAUUCCAACACUGACUGAGGAGUUCUGCCUCACUGAUAAGCUUAAUCUCCAGGAUGGAAUCUCUAAAGAAUUCUAAGUUGGGAAUUGUCACAUAUGACCCUGACAUAUUUUUUCCAGGAUAGAUUACAUGUUUAGGCUUAAGGACACCCUAAAAGCUUUGCUAAAGUCAUUGAACUUGUAAGGAUUUAAUCCCUGUGAGAGCUCAGCAUACAUUGUGUCAAAUUUGAGUAAGAAUCUUCACACUUUCAUUACAUUUCAUAGGUGUCCUUGAGUCUGAUUUCUCAAGGGAUGUGCUAGGGAAGAGAUUAGACUGAACACUUUGUCAUAUUACAUUUUGUGCAGUGUUUCUGAAGUAUAAAUCUUCUGAUGAUGUGCUAGAGGUGAGUUUAGACUGAACGCUUUGCCAUAUCCACUGCAUUUGAAAGGUUUCUCUCCUGUGUGAAUUAUUUGAUGUUCUGCACAGUAUGAAAUACAAGUGAAUAGUUUAGUACACUUAUUCCAUAUGUAAUGUUUCUAUGCAUUAUGGGCUCUCUGAUGAUUUUCUAGAUAUGAAUUGUGAAUGAGAACCAUUCAAUACAUUUAUAAGAAUUUUCUCCAGCAUGAAUUAUCUAAUCUUGGGGAAGGUGGGAAUUGUGAUUGAAGACCAUGCCUACCUAUGCACAUGAAAAAAACCAUUUUUUUUAAUCAACUCAUUGGUUGAUGGGCAUUUGGGUUCUUUUCAAGAUUGAGUUGUUACAAUCUGUGCUGCUAUACAUGCAAGUAUGCAUAUAUUGCUGUGGUAUGAUAAUUUUAAUUCUUUUGGGAAGAUACAAUGAAUGGGAAUUGCUGGGUGAAAUGAGAUCUCUAGUCAUGGGUUUCUGAGGAAUCUCCACACUGAUUUCCACAGUGGUUGCACCAGUCUACACUCCAUUCAAUUGAGGAGAAGGGUUUCUUUUUCCCCAAGCCACACCAGCAUUUGUUGCUAGUUGGUUUCUUGAUGAUAGCUAUUCUUGCUGGAAUGAGGUGAAAUCACAGUGUUUUAAAUUACAUCUUUUGGAUGAUCAAUGAUGUUGAAUAUCUUUCAUAUAUUUAUUUGCUGUUUGUACUUCUUCAUCUGAGAUGUGUCUAUUCCUUUCAGAUGAUCAUUUUUGGGCUGAGUAUUAAUCUUGGGCAGUCUGAUUUUUUCAAUUCCUAUAUGUUCUAGAUGUUAGUUCUUUGAGGAACAGCUAGUAAGAUUCCCCCCCUCUCCAUCUGUGCAUUGUCUUUUCACUCUGUUGAUGAUUUCUUUCUUCAGAGCUGAACAACAGGACAUGAUUUGGAGAACUGUCAAAUCAUGACCAGUCAAGGUUGGACCACUGACUGGACCACCUGUCACUCAUAGGCAACUGUCAUAUCAUGGUGAAGACACACAUGGAGCACAGCUUCCAAGCCCUGUGUGGGACAGCACAGAUUUUAUGUCAAAAAAGACAUCAAAGAUGGCCGCCAUUGACUUGGCUGCCACUGAACUCUUGUUCUUGCAGUGACCUGUGGGUGUGCAGAAUGUAUCUGCUCUUUUCUAUUCCUUUUUCUUGUCCUCUCAUUUUCUUCAAUAAAUGUUAAACUGCCACAUUCA